AAUACAAAAUCUUUAUCAAUGAGGAUGACCGACGUGUCAUUUAAAUCUGUCAAGAACUCAGAAAUGAGAAAAAGACACAAUUGCUCAAGACGAGGAGAGGUCGCAGAAAAGUGGGGCACUUUCUAAAACAAAAGAGGCAACCAUUAGUCGUCCAGUGAGCGAUGUUUCGGAAGUUAAGAAAAUGCCUGCAUCAUUGCAAAUUCCUGCUAUGUUUCGUGUUGAUUUUCAUAGCCUUGUAUAACACAAGAAGAUCAAAUAAUGAUCCGUAUUCGUUAGAACAGAGGGUCCAACAAUUCAGUGAAAAAGAUCAUAAAAUUACACCAUUUCUUCCCGUUAUAUUAUGGUGGACCACUUAUGGUGGGAAAACAGACGACGAUGUACUGUGUGGAGAGGUCAAAUGUCGAGUCAGUGUGAACAGGGCAUUAAAAUCUCACAAAGAUGUUAAGGCUAUUGUUUUUUACGGGACCUCUUUGGAGCUGGCGGACAUGCCACUACCGCGGAAUCCAGACCAUAUCUGGGGUCUGAAACACGAGGAAUCGCCCAAAAACAACGACUAUCUCUUUUCACACGAGGAAAUUGUUUCUUUAUUUAAUUAUACAUCGACAUUCAAACGACAGUCUGACUACCCUCUCCCCACUCAGCACCUUCCUAACUUGGACUACCUAAUGGACAACAUGUUCGUCGUUGAUACUAAAACCAAGUCUGCGUUGAGGAAGACAGAGAAUCUAGCGCCAGUACUUUAUAUCCAAAGCGACUGUGGGGCACCUUCGGAUAGGGAUGAGUUUGUAAAACUUCUCAAAAAGCAUAUCCAAAUAGACUCCUAUGGUAGAUGUUUACACAAUAAAGACCUCCCUGAACACAUCAGAUUUGAAUUUGGCAAAAGUAUGGCUGGAAUGCAUCAUGAUGACUUCCUUAAGCUGGCAGCAAAAUACAAAUUUACCCUAUCCAUGGAAAAUGCUGUAUGUGACGACUACAUCACAGAGAAGUUGUGGCGUCCGCUGAGACUAGGCUCCGUACCAAUUGUCUUCGGUUCACCUAACGUAAAGGACUAUCUUCCUUCAAAUACGUCGGCUAUACUGGUAUCAGAUUUUAAAAGUGCUCAACAACUUGCUGAUUACUUAAAAGAGUUGGACAAAAAUGAUGAAAAGUAUAAUGAGUACUUGAAAUUCAAAUCCCUAAGAAUAGUAGAAAAUCGGAACCUAAUCUCUUAUAUGGAAGAUCGCGAUUGGGGCGAUUUUAGUGCAAUUCAGAAGACUCCGAAAAAGUUCUAUUCACACAUGCAAGGAUUUGAUUGUUUCAUAUGUCGCAAAAUUCACGAAAUACAUCAAGCAAAAAUGCAAAAUAAAUUCCCUACGCCACAUAUAGCAAAUACUGAUCACUAUGGCUGUCCAGCACCAAGACGUUUCGAUGAAGAUGGACAAUAUGGAGUCUUUGAUGAAUGGUUCGCAGAACCGUGGUUUUAUUCGAAAUAUCUGGCAAAGGCAUUCCGAAAAUACUAUGACAGUAAUCAUCUGAAUUUCACACAUGACGAUUUACAGGCUUUGUCAAAAAAACUGCGAAAAUAUAAUCAAAUGGGCAAGACAUAAAAUACUCUUCGAGAGAAGUAAAAUAUAAAAACAUU